AUGUUCUGCCCCUCUCUCAACCUUCCAUACUCUCCUUCGGUGUCACCGCCUUCUCCUGUGGUGGAUUUGAAGUUUACUGAGAAGAAAGAGUAUUUGGUUGAUCCAUCAAUUCCUGAUAUAAAAGACAACAUAUAUGCAAGUGAUGAAUUUCGGAUGUUUUCUUUCAAGGUUCGUCCUUGUUCUCGUGCGUACUCUCAUGAUUGGACUGAGUGUCCAUUUGUUCAUCCGAUAGAGAAUGCUCGGAGGAGAGAUCCUAGGAAGUUUCAUUACAGUUGCGUGUCUUGCCCGGAAUUUAGGAAAGGGACUUGUAGGCGUGGAGAUUUGUGUGAAUAUGGUCAUGGAGUAUUCGAGUGCUGGCUACACCCAGCUCAGUAUCGAACACACCUCUAUAAAGAUGGCACUAGUUGUAAUAGAAGGGUGUGUUUUUUUGCACACGUUGCAGAGGAAUUGAGGCCGUUGUAUCCGUCAACUGGGUCUGCGGUUCCUUCACCACGUUCAUCUGGAUCUGCUCUUAAUGUGAUGGACAUGGCUGCUACAAUGAACCUUUUGCCUGGUUCACCCUCCGCAGCCUCUUCCAUGUCUCCUCAUUUUGCCCAGCCAAUGUCCCCUUCUGGAAAUGGCAUCUCAUGGGCACAACAAAAUGUUCCAGCUCUUCUUCAUUUACCAGGAAACAAUCUUCAAUCUAGUCGAUUGAGAUCUUCCUUUAGUGCUCGCGACAUUCCGCCCGAAAACUUCAGUGUGCUUAGCGAUUUUGAUGGUCAACAGCACCUUAUGAAUGACUUGAGUUGUUUCUCACAGCCCCAUCCUGGCUCUUGUCAGUCUAAAGCACCAAUGCUGUCAAAUCAUGAAGAGCUCUUUUCUGCUGAGGUUUUAUCAUCUCCCCGGUAUUCUGACCCACAAAUGCCCUUCUAUUUUCUUGUUUUAUUUUAA